AUGCCUUUGAAACCACUGAGGAAAGACCUCAUAGACUCUUUCUUACUAUCUAUGGCAACUCGAGACAUUUUUUUACCUCCCGAAAACCUUGAAGAAUACUCUCUAAACCUCCAAAAAGACCUCGAAAUCAUUGCUCUCCUUGAGGAAACUCGUUAUCUUAAUGGACAUCCUCCUGUCCCAAAAUGUGGUAACAUAGAUCUGGCAUGGGAAUUCUCUCAAGAUCCUGCCCACCAUCACCGCUUCAUCAACAUGCUUUGUGUUACCCCUCUCGUCUUCCUCACAAUUCUUGAUCUUAUUGAGGAUCAUGACAUCUUCAAGAAUGACACAAACCUUGGGCAAACACCUGUUGAGCAGCAGUUAGCUGUUACCCUUUUCCGAAUGGGAAGGUAUGGAAAUGGUGCCAGUGUGAAAGAUAUUGCUCAUGCUGCAGGGUGUUCUGAAGCCGAGAAGGAGGCUGAAAAAGAAUGGAUGGAUAACUAUUUGGGUUUCCGAGGAUCGUGGAGAGAUGGUUGGGUUAUGUAUGAUGGUACAAUUGUGGUUCUCUAUCGCAAACCAGGAAAGAAUGGGGAUGUGUACUACACACGGAAAGCAAACUAUGGUCUUAAUGUCCAAAUUGGGAAUACACCCUCAAACCUUUGA